UUCCUUUUCUCUUCUUUUCCCCUUUUGUCGGUAGCUUCAAAAAGUCCCAAGUAGGGUAUUUGACAACCUCUAUUCCAUCUUGCUCAAGUUUCAAAAAUUUUGAAAUAUCCUCUAAAAUUCAUGUACAUACAAAAACAAAUACAAGUGUAACCCAUAGAAAUCAUAGGUAGUUAAGAAUCAAUAUACUUGAAAUGGAGAUGCCUUUGUACAAUUAAUAACUGGUAUGUACCGAAAACCGUGCUGGGCCUGCUAGCAAUCUUACGUGGGUAAGGCCUUUUUCUUGAGGGUUUUAGUUUUUGGGAUUGUCAUGUCAUUCUUGGUCUCGGCAUAUACGAGCAUUACGGCCCAGCUAACUAGUUGAGCUCAAUGCAAAGGCACGAGAUUGCUGACUUGCUGUUGGUAAUGCGUCAAGGACCCAGACAAACUUGAAAGCGUCCGUUGGCAGUAAGUUGGUCGAUCUUUGGCUUUUUCUCGGUUUUCCCCCAUUUCCACCCUAUGAUUGCCUGAAACAACACCGACCUGGUUCAUAUUUGUUUGUCAAUAUCAACCAGAAAACUUGUAAGGAAUUUUGCUGAAAUAUUUGGUUGCCUUAUCUCCUUCUUGGGGAAAUCCAAUUUCUUGAUUUUGUUUAUUUGGAAAGGGAAUUCAACGAAAAUGGUUUAUCAUUCUAGUUUUGUUGAUGAGGAAGGAAUUGCUAAAGCCUGUGGCUGCCCUUUACUUCCUUUAAAAAGUCAUAUAAAGGGUCCUGCUCCUGUUUCAGAUCGAGAUAGAACAGAUAUUGUUGAUGAGGCAAUCACAUUCUUUCGCGCCAACGUGUUCUUUAGAAACUUUGAUAUUAAGAGCCCUGCAGAUAAGCUCCUUAUAUAUUUGACUUUCUAUAUAAAUGUGGCUCUGAAGAGGCUUGAAGGCUGUAGAACCUUGGCUGAAGGGACCAAGGCAAUCAUUAACUUGGGCUUGGAAAAGGUUCCUGUGCCUGGAGAAUCUGGUUUUCCUUUCCCAGGGCUCUUUGCUCUUCCACAGUCUCAGAAGGAAGCAGAACUGCUCAGGAAUUAUCUGAAGCAAAUAAGAGAAGAAACGAGUGGGAGACUGUUGAGUGUCGCCUAUAGGCCCAAUGGAACUCCAAAUAAAUGGUGGUUAGCAUUUGCUAAAAGGAAAUUCAUGAACAUCAUUGCUCCAUGAAAAAAUAACUGUUGAAUAUCCAAUGAAAAGUAACUUGUAAAAGCAAGCUGAAUUUUGAUGUGAAAAGAUGAUAUGUUUUGAAUGUCUGUAAUGAAGUUGACUUGUACAUUUCGUCAGAUUCUUUUGAUGGAAAUUAGUAUUUUGUUGUCUUCAUUGCUUCAUGAGACAAGCAAGCAGAAAAAGCAUCACUUUGGCUUCAUGUUGUGCUUGCUGGUAUAAAGCUUGGUUAUGAGUUAACA